GGUACUCCUAUUAGAAUUCAAGUUUUUUUGAAAUCAGUUUAAUUCAUGCAACUAAAGCGAUUGAUGGGUACAUCUCAACUCUUUUAGUUCAUUCCAUGCUCAAGAUAUUUCCUCUCACUCAUAUUUAUAAUCUUGUUUCUCUCUCUCAAUUUCUUCAAUCAGUCUCGCACACAAAAAAAAAAAGCCACUACACACACCCCUCAACCACCGUUUCCUUGUAUGGCUAAAACCCUCAAUAAUUGUUUACCAAUAUCUUACCACUUCCUAUUGCAUGUCCUUUUCCAUCCACAAAUUUCUGAAAAAUCUGUGUGCUUUUUUUUAGUAUUAUCAAGACCUUGAAUUUUCUCCAUGGUUGAAACUCGAAACCGUUAAUUGAGCUUCCCGAAAGGUGAUAGCGACACAUGGGAUUGGGGUUGAGAUUGGGGUUGAGUUUUGGGCAUAAAGAUUUAAUCUUUGAGGGGAAGUUGCUGUAUUUGAGAUGGAAUCACAACUGGGAUUGGGUGGGGAGUCAUUUGACUUGAGAUACUCUGUGUGGGCGAGGGAAGUUCUGAAUGAACUCCCUGAUUGUUUUACUAUAACCGAUCCUUGUGUUCCUGGGCACCCUAUUGUGUUUGCUUCAAAUGGAUUCUUGAAAAUGGUUGGUUACUCUAGAGAGGAGGUGGUUGGGAGGAACGGGAGGAUGUUCCAGGGCCCGGAGACGGAUAGGAGGUCGGUUAUGGCGAUUCGCGAGGCGAUUAGGGAGGAGAGGGGUGUGCAGAUUAGUUUGUUGAAUUAUAGGAAGGAUGGGACCCCCUUUUGGAUGUUGUUCCAGAUGUGUCCUGUUUUCAGUAAGGAGGAUGAUAGGGUGAUUAAUUUUGUGGGGGUUCAGAUGCCUCUCUCGAGGAGGCCUAGGUUGUCUGGACUCCGGCUCAGGAGUGAGUGUGAAGAUGGGGGCGGGGUUCGUGAGACUGUUUUCAGGUGUUGUAGGAGGGAAGUUUGUUCGGAUUCGAUUUUGGAACGGGGACGUGCAUCCUCCGUGGAGUCGGUUUCAAGCCUUGAUGAUCAAGAAGAUGAUAUUAAUGAGCCUUGUGAAGCGAAUGAGUGGGAGAAAACAAAGGCCAAUUCUGCAAUUAACAAUAUCUUGUCUGUUCUGAUAAACUACAGCGAGUUUACAGGCAGAUUCGUCAUCAGAAAAAGAUGCUGUCAAACUGGAAAUGAACGUCUUGUUUCCUCCUUAAGUAUAACUCUCGGUAGAAUCAAACAAAGCUUUGUAUUAACGAAUGCGCUCUUACCUGACAUGCCUAUAGUGUAUGCGAGUGAGGCUUUCCUGAAACUGACAGGAGUGGCCGGAAGAGGUGUAUCCGCCCUAUGCAAAUGUCCCAGGUUAUAUUUUGCCAUCUGACAUAGCAGAGAAUGUCGCAGCCAAGUUUAGGGAGCAUAAACUAAGGGUGAGUAAGCUUCCGACUUCCUUUAACAAUUCGCUUUUAUGUGUGUGCUUGGGUUUGGCCUGGUUUGAAUGGAAAGUAAAGGCUGUGACUGUAGAUUGGAGUGUAUAUCCUGGACCACUUCCUGUGCUUUUAGUUAUACACUUGUACUAGUUUUCUUUUGGUGGUUCUUGAUAUGCUGACUAAAUUGAGCUUUUCAUUCAUUUGACUCAGUUAUUCAAGAUGGAAGAUGUUAUCAUGGGAAUGUGGGUUGAAAAUUUCAACAGCUCGAGGCUGGUUGAGUAUGUCCACAGCUUGAAGUUCUGUCAAUAUGGAUGUGUUGAGGUUUAUUAUACUUCACACUGCCAAUCUCCCAGACAGAUGACCUGCUUAUGGGAAAAGCUGCAACUUCACAGGAUCCCCCGAUGCUGCAACAUCCGAUAACCCCUUGUGUGAUGGAUGACUAUGCGACAUUGUGACCUGUACAUAACCCAAGCCCUGAGCCUUGGGAUUGUGUUCUCCUAAUUGUCUAGUUCAUUCAUUUCCUGAUCCACCUUGUUUCUGGGCCCCAUUUUUGUAAUUGUUGUAGGACUAUGCAAAACUAAUAUCUACUGCUGUUGUAGACUUGUAGUUGAUAUCAGACAAUGUAACGUUAACAUCAGAAUUCUGAUGGACUUCGCCUCAUUCCACUUAUAGACAUGUUUUAUUUUACCAUUUUCCUUAGCAAAGCUAACCAGAUAUGCCUAAA